AUGCCGAAUCACCCGCUGAAGCACCAGCCCAGCGGCAAGAUGGGCGACGACAACGACGCCGCGGACCACGACGGGAAAGGGGCUCCGGCGUUUGCAGCCCAGGCAGAGCUGCAGCUUGCACAGGCCGUCCUGAACGAGCAGCUGUACGUGCCGAUGAAGAGCAUCCAUCACCGCCUGCCAAACCUGAAAGGCUUGAUCCUCCAGGAGAAGGUCUUCGAGCUCUCCGGGGUGAAGGGCAUGGCGAACAUCGUGGUCCCCUUCUUCAAAGACGGCAAGAAGACCAUGGAGCCGCAUCCUUUGAAUCUGCGCCGCCAGGACGUGAUCGUGAACCAGUACACCAACCUGGUUCUGGAGAACGGAAACGUUCCUGGCGUGAGGGGCGAGCCGUGGGCAGUGGCGUCGCCGACGACCGAUUCAUUCCCGCUCCUGAUGAUCAGCUACGGCACCUUGACGAGGGCGGUGUACAAUGCCCACGAACGCGCCCCAGGUAACCCUUUCGUCAAGCGCUCCAUCGAGCGCGGGCUCCAGAACGUGACGGUCUUCGACGCGAGGCUGCCCGAUGACGUGCUGACGUGGCUGCGUGAUUGGCACAACGAGUGGCACGGCGGAAGCAGGUUCACGUUGAUCCAGUGUUGGCAACUCAUUUCUCAAAUGGAUUCUGAUUUCGAUGCUUUGAGCACAUCAGAGCACAGGUACGAGAAGAUCUGGGAUUACAUCACUGAUACGUACAAGUCGGUGUCAGAUAGAAAGAUCAGAAGCGAGAAUGAAUUCAUCAGGGGGCGGACCAUGAUCAAUCUUUUGAAGCAGUUGAAGAUUAUGACAGUCACAGAGGAGUUCCUUGGCACGCACUGCAAGUUCACCGAGUGCAACAACUCCGUGGCGAACAUCAACCUGCACGCGCCCAGCCAGUGCAUCUUCAGCGCCGAGUCGAGGUCGGUGGUCGACAUCGACGUUCUCGUCCAAGUAUGGAAGGACGCCUUGCCAUUUUGCUUGCCAAUGGAGGCCAUGCCCGGCCGCAAGACGGUGUACCUCUUCGACAAAGUCAUGAUUGAGAGAAUCAAGUGGAUCCUCUCGCCGAUGGCGGGGUCGGCUGCCAUGAAAAAGUGCAGGAAGGAGAUCGAGGAGCGGAAGAAACUUGAAGCCCAGGCACUCGCGGAGAUGGCGAAGGAAUCCGCUGAGUCUCUCGACCCUGGUGAUCGCGAUGGUGGCGAUGCUGCCGCCCCUAUCGAAGGCGUCGUCCCGGCAGCUCCGGCGGCCAAGGGCAGGGCAAAGGCAAAGUCAAAGGCAAAAGCAAAGGCUAGGCAGAGGGGCGCAAGGGCAGCACCUGUCAAGAAGAGGAAGGUUGACGAGACACCAGUGGUUGUUGAUUUCGAUGAUGAGGCUAACCACGCGUUCUGGUUGACCGACAUGCUCACGGGCAUUUGCGCGGCCAUCGACAAUUACCCAGAGUUGCCCAAGAGCGAGAGGGUGCAGAUCGUGGCGAUGCUUAGCCCGUUGGCUCUCGAGUUCCUCUGGUGCGGCAAGGUCACGAUUGGCACCGUAGUCUACUCGAAAUGGUUGGACCUCCGUACCAAGCUCGCGUCUCUGGCCGUCAACGCUGCAGAGACGCGCUCUACGACGGCAAUUGCCUCUGGGAGAACGGGGGCGGACGUGACGACUUUGUCUGAUGUUCUGCUUGCCGCCCUCUCCGACGGCGGUGACCCAUCUGCGGCCUUGGAGGAUGAGUCGUGCGAGGCCAAGCUCAAGAGUGACCUCCAGUCUAAGAUGAACGAGUUGACCGGCCCGCGCCUCAAGGACUUGAGCAACUUCUUCGCUGAUAACAAGAUCAAGCUGCCCGCCCGGGUCCACGCCGCCUACGCGCGCAUCUUGCGGGACGCCACGAAUGUGGACACCUGGGCCCAUCGCGAUGCGACCGAGAUCACGCACAUGAGGCGGGUGGCGACGGCGCUGACGGGCUACGUGAAGUCCGCUGUGAUGGCCACAUUCCCAAACGCGUGGUUCGAGCUCGGCAUGUCCAUCGUGGAGAUGACGCGGGCGACGUCGCAAAUCCCGCAGUGCGUGGAGGAGAAGCUGGCUAAGGAGCUCGCGAGGCCAGAGGACAUCAUUCGCUUCAGUGAGCUGCGAUGGAUCUACUGCGACCAGGCCGUGAGGGACACCGCCGCCGCCAUGGGGAUCUCGAACCUGGCCGAGACCACGGAGUCGCUUUCAUCGGCCUUCAACGCCAUCCCGAAGUUCGACAAGGUCAAGGCGGCCACGUGGAGCCAGUGGCAGGAGCUCUGGGUGGAGAGCAUCGCGGAUGCAAUGGAGGGGAGCGCGGGCCCGCAGGAGGUUGCGAUGGACCACGCGAAACGCCGGGGGCUCGUCAGGGCCGCGGCCAAGCAGCAGGUUGCCUCGGGGCCCCGCGGGCAGUCGUCGCAGGGCCCAGGGGAAGAGGGCGCGCCGCCCCCCGUGGUGCCCGUGGUGCAGAAGGUGCAUCCCAAGGAAGAGCAGGAGCUGAUGAGCGUCGAGUCGCUCUUCGGGUACGUCGACGCGAAGGCGUUCGCGCUGGCAGCGGGCUCGCAGUUAAACCUGGUCGGCGCCGUCGAUGUUCCAGAGGCUGUCAUCGUGGAGUUCGAGCACGAGAAGUUCCCGAGUAGCUACUUCAUCAAGAUGUUCUUCCAGUUCGUGGAGGCGAGGUUGUACGAGCACGCGUUCCAUCGCACGCAGUGCUUUGAGGACGUCUCCAUCAGCUGGGCGAACAUGAGGUUCGAUAAAGAGAAGAAGAAUCAGAUCGUGAAGCCCGCGCUGGCGGUGAAUCGCAGCGAGUUGCAGGAGGACUUCAAGCUUGGUUUCGCGGGGCCAGUGUCGUUCACCAAGGGUGCCAGUGGACUUCUAGUUGCAGCCUUGAGGAUGAGAGCUCGCAGGCGCGACGACGACGUGGUCCUUGGAGUCUACGUGACCAGCGACGGGGCGGACAGUCUCAAUUCGGAUUGCACAGUGCCCGCGUGGCUGGCGCCGACGGCGAAGACGGAGCAGCAGAAGGUGACCAUGGAGGUGGGGGCGGAGAUCAAGGAAUACACUGUGCCAGAGCAUCUGAAGUUCAGCGGCGGCGGCUACCCUGGUUUGGUUAACGCCGAGAAGGUGAGCCUGCAGCUGUGGGACCUGAUUCCCGUCGCGACCGAAGGGGAUGAUGAGAAGAAGAUCUGGCCGCAGAAGGGCGAUGAGUUGGUGCGCGGGGCUAAGGGCACCAAGGGCAAAGGCGUCAAGGGCGCCAAGGGGGGGGGCCGGGGCAGGGCGAACCAGCUGCCGACAAACGUGAGCGCGCUGUUCGGCCCGUCGGCGGCGGCCGACUACAUCAUUCAGCACGCCAAGCCGGAUGACGCGGCCGCGCCCAAGGCCCCUCAGGACGGCGGCGGUGGCAGCCUGUCCAAGGAGCAGACGCAUCUGCUGUUGUGA